CUUGACGCGCUUAUUUUCAGCAUUUGUAUUUCUAUACUGCCUGCCCAGCACUGUGGGGUUCCAUGCGAUGUCCUACCCUAUCCUCCUAGGUUUUAUGCCGUCUGCAUAUUAACUCUGCGGUAGUCGGGGCAACCUCGAACACUGGUUCGGGUGACAAAUUCUAUGCAAUCAUGUUUCGCCGUCGAAGGGACCAAGAGAACAAAGGGCCGGAGCGGGAAGUCGCCUUCUGGAAGACCGAGCUGGAUAAGGUCAUUCAAGAGAAAAACACAUGGAUUGAAAAGUAUAUGAGGGCGACUGAGGAUGGGGAGGUCCUUCGUGCGGAGUUGUUCUUGUUGCAACGCGAAGCGCAGGCGGCAAAGGCGCAACUGGAGGUCUUUCGGCGACAGCAGGAAUGCCGUUCAGCCAUGGCAUUGGAGGCCGGCUGCGGGUCCACCGCGGGAACACCACAAAGGGCACCAGCACCUCCCACCUCCGCAACUGCAGCCGCCGCCGGCGCCAGGGGCGCAUGGGGCACCAGCGGCGGCGGAGGCAGCGCCGGAGGAGGCGGGGGGCUGUAUGACUCGUACGGCAUGGGAGCCAUGAAGUCCCCCGCGGCUCAUGCCGUACAAGUGGCGGCGGUUGCCAGCAGUUGCUCUCGGUCCGGUAGCCCCCGCUCUGGCGGCGUCGGCGGGGGAGGUGAAGCCGACAGUGGGGGUUUCGGAGGUGAUGUGGGCGCGGAGCGGCGGUGCGCAGCCCUGGAGGAGCAAGUGGCCAACCUCAAGUCCGAGAUGUCCCGGCUGCAGCGGCAGCUCUCGGCCGCCGAGUGCUCCUCGCAGCAGGCGGACCUGCGUGCCGCGCUGGCGGAGGAGCGGGCGGCGGAGGCGGGCAGGGAGGCGGAGGCGGUGCGGAGGCAGACGGAGUUCAUGCGGGCGGCCGCGGAGGCGCACCAGCGGGAGGCGGAGGCGUUGCGAGUGGAGGUGCAGUCCCAGCGGUCCAUCAACGACGAAACCGCCAAUGAAACCACCAAGAUCCUGAUGGAGCUGUCGGCGGCUCAACAACGCUGCGCGAACCUCGCGGCGGAGCUCUCCAACAAGGAAAAGAUGGUUGGGUUGUUGCAGUUGCAGUUGGGGGACAUGGCAGCAGCAAUGUCGGCGGCGGGUAUUGGCGGCGGCCCGGGGCUUAGCGGCGUCAGCGGCGGCGGGGUCGGGAGCUUUGGCGGCGCCGCCAGCGGGCGUUACAGCAUGGGCGGCGGCGGCGAUGGCGGCGGGCGCGCGGUGAGUGCUGGGAGCGCGAGUUUGAUGACGGCGGCGGGAGGAUCGGCUGUAGCGUCGUCGGCGACGGCGCCGCCUACGGGUUCUGUGUCUUUGUCGGCGUCGGGUUGGGGCCUGCAGGUGCGGCGGGGACGGGCGGCAGCGGCGGCGGCGACUGUGGCAGCGGCGGCGAGUGCCGUCGGCGGCGGUGGGGCCCUGUACGGCGGCGCUGCAGUGCCUGCGGUGACGGCGGCGGCAGCGCUGCGCAGCGGGACGGUGGCGAGUGGUGGAGUGGGUGGCGGCAGCGACGGCGACGGUGGGCGUUACGUCGCCAAUGAGUGGUCCUCCACUCGGCUGGACUCCCCGCAGGACGGCGGCAAGAGUCCUGUGUUGAGCUCGGAGGUUGCCGGUGGUGACGGCGACGGCGACGCUGACGCCACCGCCACCGCUGACACCUGCGCCAGCGGCACCCCGAACCGCCUCUGGAGCGCCGCCGCCGCUGUCGCCGCCGCCGCCGCCAACGGCGAUGCCACGCCUAGCGCCAGUCGCAGCCCGAGCCCGGCGUUCGUACAGGAGCCUGGCGGUGGCGGUGACGGAGGCGCCGCCGCUGCCGCCGGCGUCGGAUGCAUCGGCGGCGCCGGCGCCGGCAGCAGCCUUGUGUUCAGUCCGAGCCCCUUCCCGGUGUCCAGUCCAGUCCUCAGCAGCGGGCCCUGCAUGUCAUCAAGGGCCGCUUCGAACAGCCCCUUUACCCCAAUUGUCAGCAGCGGCGGCGGCGGCGGAGUGCUGCUGACGUCGUCGCCUGCUGCCACCCCUAGUGCGGCGUCCGUAUCGCUGACACAGGGGUCGGCUACUGCUACACCCGCCGAGUCGCAGGUAGCGACUCCGAUGGUGACAGCAGCGGCGGCGUUUCAGACACCGAUAAUCACAGCGGCGGUCGUCGCGACGCCGGUUGCGUCAGUGGCGGCGGUGACGCCGCCGCUCAUUGCGACGACGACGCCGUCGGAGAUAGCGGCGCUGGCGACUCCGCCGGUCCGCGCGCCGGUGACGUCAGUGGCAGGGCCGGCGGCGGCGGCGGCGACACGAGCGGCGGCGGUGACUCCGGUGGCUGCGUCAUUGCCGGCAGUUGUACAGGCACGUGCGGUGACGACGCCAGCUGUCAUGACGCCCUUGUACCAGGAGGUGGCGAUGCAGGUGGACCUGGCUCCCCCCUCACAACGUCCCUCCGUACUGCGAAGGAGCCUCUCAAAGGGCUUCGCCGCCGUCACUGCCGCCGCCGCCGCCGCAAUCGCCUCGCCGACUCCAUCCGCUGACGUCAUCACAUCGCCGCCGCAAACACAAUCCACAGCCAGCAGCUCCGUCGCCGCCGCUGUCGUACCAGCAGCCUCCGCCUCCGCCGCCUCCGCCAGCGUCCCCGACAGCACUCCGCCGCCGCCAGCUCAUUCCCGUCUGUCCACCCGAACCCCGGGAGUCCCGAGUCUACAGCUGGGCAGUGUGCAACGCAGUGCAGGUCCCGCCGCUGCCUCCCCCGCUACGGGCGGUGGUGGCAGCAGCAGCAACGCCACCGCCGGCACCACCAUUGGCAAGCGUGUUGCCCCGGAGCAGACGGCGGCGGAUGAGGCCGAUACGCCCGCAGCUAAGAAGUUGACAUCGCAUCAUGCAGGGUCUGUUCGGCAGUCGCCGGGCCCGGCCAGUCCUGUAGUUGCCAGCCAGAUUGCUGAUGGCACUAGCAGUGGCGGCAGUACGGCAGCAGCGGUUCCCGCUCCUGCCAAAAGUACGACAGCGCAGAGCGGUACGGCAACAUCAUCCGCGGCGGCGGCGGCAGCGGGGGCGACGACGUCGACACCGGCGGCAGUUGUAAAGCCGUUGGUCGCAACUGACCCGUCGGCUGCUGUCACGGCGGCGGCUCCGCCCGCUUCUACAUCAGCUGCACGCAAGCCAGCAGACGCGCCAGCAGCUGCGUCGGCGCAGCCAGCAAAGAACGUACCAGGCCCCGCGGCAGCAGCAGCAGCACCGGUUCCGAAGCCAACGGUUGUAGGCGAAACAGCGGCGGCAACGCCACUGGGAAAGUCAGCUGCGACAGCAGUUGAGUCGACGACGCAUACGACAACCCCUAAGACCACACAACCUGCAUCCAAGCCAGCCGCAUCUCCGGCGCCGGCAGUAGGCACAUUCGCGGCAGCGGCGGCACCCAAACCCACGGUGGCUUCGAAGCCCGCCGUUGCAACGCACCCAUCUGUGGCUGCACCUCCAAAACCGGCAGCAUCCGCCGCGCCGGCUGCAGGACCGGCCCCGACGCCUGUGCCUCCGUCAUUGGUGGCGGCAAAGCAGGCGGCUGCGUCGGCGGCCGCGGCAGCGGCAACCAUUCCGUCUAGUGGGACGGGAGCCGCAGCGGCACAGGCAGCGGCAACAGCAGUUUCGGCGGCAGCGCAGAAAGCCGUUUCAACGCCGCCACAGCAGGCGGCGGCCCCUACCGCAGCGUCCAAACCAGCAGCUACCAACACGCCGGCGACGACGGUAGCAGCAGCAGUGGUAGCGGCGAAAACGGAGGCGGCGGCCGGGCAGAAGCAGGAGUCGUCGGCAGCUAAGUCUGCAGUUGAAGCGCCGGCGCGGACACCUGAGCCUGCAACUGCGGCAGCGACGAUACCGGCGCCGGCCGCUUCAGUUUCAGCCGCGGCUGAAGCCGCUGUUAAACCCGCAACUGCAGCAGCGGCCACUUCAGAGGUGGCAGCAGCCGCAGCGGCUCUGAAACCAGGUGCGACAGUAGCAGCAGCAGCUCCAAAGUGCGAUACAGAGACGGCCGCAAAGCCUACGGUGGCGGCAGCAGAACCGUCGGUGGAGACGGCGGUGACAGGAACGCCAAAGCAACCCUCGGCGGCUGCAGAAACGACGCCCUCGGCCGUUCAGCAGCCCGUGUCGUCAGCUGCGGUGGCAACGGCAACUCCGAACCCGGAGGCGGCGACGCCUCACAAGCUGCAAGGGCCAGCUGCGAAGCCGGAAGCCGAUACACCGGCCCCGGAGGCCACGACAGCCCCUCCGGCGACGACUGUUGCGAAGCCACACGCUGCUGCGUCCGCCUUGGGUACACCCGCCGCUGCUGCUGCUGCUGCUGCUGCUGCCAAGGCAACACCGGCAGCAGCGUUUUCAGUUCUUCCUGCCCCUGCGCCGUCGCCUCAGCCAGCAGCAGCAGAGCGACAGCAGGAAGCGUCGGAUGACUCUGCAGUUGCCGCAGCCUCCUCAAAGGAAUCCGCACAGCCCUCGACGUCGUCGGUAGCGGUGACGGUAGCGAUUGCCCCGCCAGCAGCUGUAGCAGUGGCGAAACCACCUGCUGCUGCUGCACCUUUUGUUGCUGCAACACCCGUUGCUGCACCUGCUGCUGCUGCUGCUGCAGCUGCCCCCAGUACCCAAAUUGCAUCAUCUUCGACUGCCGCUCCCACGCCCAACACAUCGCAAGCAUCCAAGCCGCCAGUGUCACAACCGGCUAGCGGCGGCAGCAAGGUCGAGAACAGCAACGCUGGCAAACCCAGCUCCCAGAAGGAGGAGGGCGGCGCAGCAGCAGCGGCAGCACCUAAGCCUGCAGCCGCAUCACCCUCGGCACCCAUGGUUUCUUUUGCUACCGGCGCCGUGUUGACUACACAGAAGGACCAAGCCCCGGCCUCCAAAGAA